ACUUAAAGGUCCAGACGAGUUGGUCCUAAAGCACCAUGAAGUUACAUCGGGUUUGUUAGCUUCAGAAAGGCUGUGGCUGUGAUUCAAGUGUCUGUGUCACCCAUCCUUCUUCUCCUGGCCUCACACUUCCUCCUUCCCUAAGUCAAGGAUGAAACACUGGAAAAACUGUAAGCAAACCAAGAUGGAGUAUGAGUGGAAACCUGACGAGCAAGGGCUUCAGCAAAUCCUGCAGCUGCUGAAGGAGUCCCAGUCCCCAGACACCACCAUCCAGAGAACCGUGCAACAAAAACUGGAACAACUCAAUCAAUAUCCAGAUUUUAACAACUACCUGAUUUUUGUUCUUACAAAAUUAAAAUCUGAAGACGAACCCACAAGAUCAUUGAGUGGUCUCAUUUUGAAGAAUAACGUGAAAGCACAUUUUCAGAACUUCCCAAAUGGUGUGACAGACUUUAUUAAGAGUGAAUGUUUAAACAAUAUUGGUGAUUCCUCUCCUUUGAUUAGAGCCACUGUAGGUAUUUUGAUUACAACCAUAGCUUCCAAGGGAGAAUUGCAGAAUUGGCCUGACCUCCUACCAAAACUCUGUAGCCUAUUGGAUUCUGAAGAUUACAACACUUGUGAGGGAGCAUUUGGUGCCCUUCAGAAGAUCUGUGAAGAUUCUGCUGAGAUUUUAGAUAGUGAUGUGUUAGAUCGUCCUCUCAACAUCAUGAUCCCCAAAUUUUUACAGUUUUUCAAGCACAGUAGUCCAAAAAUAAGGUCUCAUGCCGUUGCAUGUGUCAAUCAGUUUAUCAUCAGUAGGACUCAAGCGCUGAUGUUGCACAUUGAUUCUUUUAUUGAGAACCUCUUUGCAUUGGCUGGUGAUGAAGAACCAGAGGUACGGAAAAAUGUGUGCCGGGCACUUGUGAUGUUGCUUGAAGUUCGAAUGGAUCGCCUGCUUCCUCACAUGCAUAACAUAGUUGAGUACAUGCUACAGAGGACGCAAGAUCAAGAUGAAAACGUGGCUUUAGAAGCCUGUGAAUUCUGGCUCACUUUGGCUGAGCAACCCAUAUGCAAAGAUGUACUCGUAAGGCAUCUUCCUAAAUUGAUUCCUGUAUUAGUGAAUGGCAUGAAGUACUCAGAUAUAGAUAUUAUCCUACUUAAGGGGGAUGUUGAAGAAGAUGAGACAAUUCCUGAUAGUGAACAGGAUAUAAGGCCCCGUUUUCAUCGGUCGAGGACAGUGGCUCAGCAGCAUGAUGAAGAUGGAAUUGAAGAGGAAGAUGAUGAUGACGAUGAAAUUGAUGAUGAUGAUACAAUUUCUGACUGGAAUCUAAGAAAAUGUUCUGCUGCUGCCCUAGAUGUUCUUGCAAAUGUGUAUCGUGAUGAGCUUUUGCCACACAUUUUGCCCCUUUUGAAAGAAUUACUUUUUCAUCAUGAAUGGGUUGUUAAAGAAUCCGGCAUCUUGGUUUUAGGAGCAAUUGCUGAAGGUUGUAUGCAAGGCAUGAUUCCAUACCUGCCUGAGCUCAUUCCUCACCUUAUUCAGUGCCUCUCUGAUAAAAAGGCUCUUGUGCGUUCCAUAACGUGCUGGACUCUUAGCCGCUAUGCACAUUGGGUAGUCAGCCAGCCCCCCGAUACGUACCUGAAGCCAUUAAUGACAGAAUUGCUAAAGCGAAUCCUGGACAGCAACAAGAGAGUACAAGAAGCUGCCUGCAGUGCCUUUGCUACCUUAGAAGAGGAGGCUUGUACGGAACUUGUUCCUUACCUUGCUUAUAUACUUGAUACCUUGGUCUUCGCAUUUAGUAAAUACCAGCAUAAGAACCUGCUCAUUCUUUAUGAUGCCAUAGGAACUUUAGCAGAUUCAGUAGGACAUCAUUUAAACAAACCAGAAUAUAUUCAGAUGCUAAUGCCUCCACUGAUCCAGAAAUGGAACAUGUUAAAGGAUGAAGAUAAAGAUCUCUUCCCUUUACUUGAGUGCCUAUCUUCAGUUGCCACAGCCCUGCAGUCUGGCUUCCUUCCAUACUGUGAACCCGUGUACCAGCGUUGUGUAAACCUAGUACAGAAGACUCUUGCACAAGCCAUGCUGAACAAUGCUCAACCAGAUCAAUAUGAGGCUCCUGAUAAAGAUUUUAUGAUAGUGGCUCUUGAUUUACUCAGCGGCCUAGCUGAGGGACUUGGAGGCAACAUUGAACAACUAGUAGCCCGAAGUAACAUUCUAACACUAAUGUAUCAGUGCAUGCAGGAUAAAAUGCCGGAAGUUCGACAGAGUUCCUUCGCCCUGUUAGGUGACCUGACGAAAGCUUGCUUUCAGCAUGUUAAGCCUUGUAUAGCUGAUUUCAUGCCUAUAUUGGGAACCAACCUAAAUCCAGAGUUCAUUUCCGUCUGCAAUAAUGCCACAUGGGCAAUUGGAGAAAUCUCCAUUCAAAUGGGUAUAGAGAUGCAGCCUUAUAUUCCUAUGGUGUUGCACCAGCUUGUAGAAAUCAUUAACAGACCCAACACACCAAAGACGUUGUUAGAGAAUACAGCAAUAACAAUUGGUCGUCUUGGUUACGUUUGUCCUCAAGAGGUGGCCCCCAUGCUACAGCAGUUUAUAAGACCCUGGUGCACCUCUCUGAGAAACAUAAGGGACAAUGAGGAAAAGGAUUCAGCAUUUCGUGGGAUUUGUACCAUGAUCAGUGUGAAUCCCAGUGGAGUAAUCCAAGAUUUUAUAUUUUUUUGUGAUGCUGUUGCAUCGUGGAUUAACCCAAAAGAUGAUCUGAGAGACAUGUUCUGUAAGAUCCUUCAUGGAUUUAAAAAUCAAGUUGGGGAUGAAAAUUGGAGGCGUUUCUCUGACCAGUUUCCGCUUCCCUUAAAAGAGCGUCUUGCAGCUUUUUACGGUGUUUAAUCUCAUACACUUAAGCUGCAGUCCCAUAAUUAGGGGUCCUUCAGUCUUGGAGACUAUGAGGGAGCCUCUGCACCCAGGGAAAAUGUUACCCUUUACAGGGGGGAAGGGUAAACCAGUAGGGAAUACAGUACAAUCCCAACCCUACUGGGAGGGGCGGGAGGGAGGUGUUGCCGUCACUGUAUUAAGUCGAUGUUGGGAAACGUUUUAACAUCUGGAGCCUUUGUGGGUGGAAAUCUGUCUCCAAUUACAACUCCGCACUGGAUGUGAAGAAGCAAAAAAACAAAACAAACAAAAAAAAAAACACAAAACCUAUUCAGUCUACUCACAAAACAGUACAUCCUGGAAUAUUAUGGGGAAUUGUACCAAAACAAGAACCACAAAAAUGAUGCAUAGGGAUAAGAAAGAGGAAAAAUUCUAUAGCGCACAAUAAAGGAAACCUAAGAAUGGGGGUUACAAACAGUAAAGAAGCUUUUUUUUUUCCCUUAAUUUAAAGAUUUUUAUAAAUUUUCCCACAUGUUGGGGCCUUGUUUUUGCAUGCUGAUGAAGAACUACACAAAUGAAGCUAAUAGAAUUAAAAUCAGCUUGCCUACCCAUAGUAGAAGCAGGUUCUUGGAAGUUACAAUUUAAGGUACCCCAAAAAAAGUUGGAAAUAAAACAAAACAAAUUUAAACAAUGAAGCACCCUGUGAAAUGCCAAAUGAGUCACUCCUUUUACCUUUGUGGGGUGGGCAGGGAGGGAGGAAUAAAUGGGGUUGGGCAUAUCAGACUAAAGAUUGACAUCUUGAUUUUGCAUUAAAACAUUAAUGUAGUGGAUAUAAUUUGAUGGUUGUACUUCAUUAGAUUUAAUUUCUAGGCCAAGACGUUCUUUUUAAAGUGCAGUUUAAGGUUCAGGCAUGCAUUCUGGCUCAUAGUGAUUGAAAGUACUUUAAAUUAGUGGGAAAGUAGCAUGCUUGCAUCACAUAGAGUGAGAUUGGUAUUCAUUUACCUCUGUUGCGCCAGUUUGUGUUGCAGUUUACCAAUUCAAUAUAGCCCUGCAUUUAAAAUUCCUUUUUAAGAUUUGUGGAUUUUUUAUUUUUAUUAAGAAUAUAGAUAUAAAGUACUGUAGUUUACAGCUAGGCCUUGAAAUAUCUUUUUAGGAUCUUGUUAGGAAUAAGAUUGAUAUUGUAUUGUGUGUAACCUGCACAAUGUGGAAAGCUGAUAUACCUGUGCAAAAUCUUUGCCUCUGUGCUGUCAGUGUGAUGUGCUUUCUGCAUGGUUAUAUACUACUAGUGAUUUUAUCAAAACUCCUAAAACUUAAAAUACAUGGUAAAAGAUCUGUAAGAGGCUGCAUAAAUGUUAGUUGGCACAUAAAGACAAUUGUAGAAGUUGAAGACAUGAUUGCUAUAUUUCAAUGUUUAUUCCCACUCAACAUAUUGCCUUCUAAGCUUUCUUUUUUUGUUCAAAGCAUGAUCUUAAAGAUAUGUUUAAGUUAAUGGAUGUAAUGCAGGGUUCCUACACUGUAUUGGCGCAUGUUGGUGGCCCUCUGUGCCCUAGAUAUAUGCACACAGGGUGCAAGUAAAAAGCUACAGAGUGAAAGUUGGUUUGGAUCCUCUUCAUUUCAUUUGUUUAGCUUUUCUGUUAUUUUCUCUACUUACAUGUAUUCCUGUGAAUAAAUCCUUGUUAAGUUAACCCUUUACUUUUCCUUCCAUGUGUAUUUUCUUAUAUACUGUGAAUGUGAAACCUAACUGGUACACUUGAUCUUGUGUCCAUAUGAAAGUGCAAGUCUUUAUUAAUUUGGAUUGCCUGAACAGUGUAUCCCAUGAUGAUGAAGGAAAAUGGAGAGAUUUUUCUUUUUAACUCUGCUGGUCAGAGAUGAAGCCACACCUUUCCAUUUUUCAAUGCUGCAUAUUUAAUCUGCAACAAAAUGUUAAGCCAUAACAACCUUUUUAUAUUUUAGUUUGUCACCUUUGCAUUGCAGAAUAAAUCCUGAAUAACCAUUUUUAUAAGCAGUUGCUCCUCUUUGCAUGGUUCUGUUCUUCUAAAGGUGUUGAAUGAUACAGCCAUUGCACUGAAGUUUGAGCUGUAUGCGUGUGAAUUUUAAAAUACCGUUUCAAAAAAUUUCAGAUGCAUGGUAGCAUGCAGAAAAGGUUUCUGUUGUGUGUGUGUGUGUGUGUGUUUAUGUGUGUAUUUUUUUAAACAUGUUCUUUCACCUUUUUCCCUCUACUUUGGCUUUGCAAAUUUCAGUCUGUAGAGCCUGAAAUUAAAUCCUAUUUUACAAUGUCCAGUUUUGUUUUGUUUUUAAAUUAUAAGUUGGAUCCAAAGGGUAUGUAGCAUAUUCCUUUCUAGUACCUUGCUUCACUGGGAGCUCGAAAUCUGCUUCAUAGUCUCCAAAACCUGAGUAGAGUAGCUAUUUUAUCCUUAAAUCCUAGUGAUAGUCGGUAGUUUUUCAAAUAUUUUUUAGAAUUUAAUAUGGGAGAUACCUUAAUAUUCUGGAAUAAGUAAAAUUUAAGUUGAAAGAAAUGGCAAAAUUCUUCUCUAAACACUUGACUAAAACAGACAUAAAAACAACCUUAAGUAAAGUUAUCUGGACCUGUGAUUGACAAUUCUAUAUUGACUGAAAAGCAGUUUGUCACUCGUUUGAUUAAAAAUUGGUUUUCCACUAAGCAGAUAACAUAAUAAUGUGCCCAUUUUUGUAGUCACUUAACUGUUUUUAAAUUAAAAGGAAAUUUAAUUUAAAAAUGGAAAGUAAAAAUAGGUAAAUAAUGACUGGCAACCUGAUUGGGUUGGGUUUUUUGUGUCUCUCCCCCCUCCCCAGGUUAUUGUUUCUCCCUAAUUUAUAUUUCAGAUACAUAGUAUAGCAUAGGAAUUUGCAGAAGCCAUUUAAGUUAUCUUUUGAGGUAAGCUCUGAUUUAGCAUUUAUUAUUCUGAUAAAACUUAAUACAUCAUGGGAUAUAUAUAAAGCAACUUAACUCUUGUGGUGUAGUCUUAAUAGUUUUGAAUGUUGACUGAAUGUCUAUGAACUUGUGUUUGUCUUUGUUACAUUCCAGUGUUUCUGCCUCUUGGCAUGCUUAAAGCACGGCUUACUUCAUCUGCUCCUUACACACUAAAGUGCUGUUAGUGUGCUCAACUACAGAAAUAGCCGCUGCUAAGUGAUGUAGAUUUUCUACUUGAAUAUUUUUAUGUUGUAGGAACCUCAGGAGGUCAGUGUUUACUGUUUUAUAUAUGCCUUCUUUUUCCUGUUCGAGCUUCUCUCUUUGAAGGAUUCUAACAGAACAAAAGCUGCUGAUCAACCUAAGUUGGAAACAGAAAGUGUAUUUAAUAUAAUUUAAAUGCAUGUUUGGCAGUUCAGUGUUGUAGUCAGUACAUUAGCAAGUGAACUUAGUGCCACAGAAUUCAUUUAUUCAGGAAAGAAUUUUGCUUUUUGUAUUGUCUAAUCUCUUUAAUAACUUCAUACUGUGUAAAAAAAAAAUCACUUUUUUAUAUUUUUUAGUUGGUUAUUUCCCAAAUAAUCAACAUGUAAAUAAUCUUUAAGAGCCAGUUCUGAUGCUUUACAUUAUUGCUACUUGAUUUUGUGACGCAAGUUAGGUUUCAGAAGAAUAGAUUUUAAGACACUUAACCAAGCCAUUACAUCUUAAAAACGAAAUAAGUAGCAUACAUUUUAUAAUUAACAUAUUGAUAAACACUGUGAUUUUUUUUGUUAAGACUUUUUCAUUGAUCUGAAUUGCUUAAAUUGCAUAUAUUGUAAAAUAGGAUCAGAUGUAUAUUUUAAAAUAAUUUCAACUGACUUUCCUCUAUUGAAAUGCUUUGUCUACUCAGUUAUGGAAUAUUCAGAUACAAGUUUUAUCUCAGGUGAAUACUCUUGUAUCCUUUUUGCUUUGGUGACAUAUGCUAAUAAGGGGUCAUCAUACUUACUUUGUUUUUUAGUGUAUUUCAUGAAGAAUCUUUGCAUUUAGUCAGAUUUUCCAGUCCUUAUUCUAGCAGACUAGGGUGGCAAGAUCCCUCCUGGCAAGCCUUUUGCAUGCAGGUUUACCUUGAGAGUGAGUUCAAUUUGGUCCUCUUCGCCAAACCCUCAAGAUAGGAAAGUGGGGUUUUUUUGUCCUAUAUUAAUUACCCUGCAUAGUUGAAAUGCCAGAACUAAACUAAUUAUAUCUUAAGCCCUUCAGUCUAAAUUUAAGUCCUUUGCCAUAAAAAAGUGGGUUUUUUGCUUCAUAUAAUUAAUCUAUAUUAUUCAUAUUGAAUGUAUUAACAGAUAACGGUGCAAAAGACAUUCUUCCCAAGAGAAGAGUGUACCAUGCAUAACUGCAAUUUAAAACCUUCUUUAGUAGUACUUCAAAUAUAAUACACACAGUUUUGCUUAUUGAGGUGUUUUUGUUUUUUGGGGUUUUUUUGUUUUUGUAUUUGCAAAUAUUACAAGGGGGAAAACACUAACUGUUGCUACUAGUACUGUUAUUGAAGUGUAGGCAUUGGAAUCUUAAAACUGGUCUUCAGAUUAAGGGAUAAUCUAGUUGAAAAAUCAGAUCAAUAAAGAGCUGUGUAACUAUCAUCUAGUAAUUACACCAUGCAAGAGCAUUGUAUACUUAGUACAUUUCAUAUUGUAUUAAAUAUGGAGAUAUUUCUAAUGCCUCUUAAAUUUUGCAUAAAAGUUUCAUUCACUUGUACACUUUCCAGUGACUUGUGACUUUUUCAGUCUUACGUAGACCUUUCCCCCAUUGGUAUUACUUAUAUGUAGAGGAUUCUUUAUCUUUAUGCCUAAUAAUUAUACAUAUUAAUUUUAAGGUAUACAUUUAAUUAUAGCAACUGUUUAUUGUGAUUUGUAUCCCAGAAUGUAUUGUGUUUAAAAAAAAAAAACUGUAUGCAUGAUUUUGAGGGAAGUUAAAAUGGUGAUUGUUUUUUUCACCUCUCAUACAUUUUAAAACCAAACCAAAUCUGUUUGCCAAGCAUUGUAUCACUAAUUAGGAAAAUAGUAUUUUCCCUUUCAUUACAAUUUUUGUUCAUCUACCAUAGAGUCCCCUUUUACUAUGGCUUGGUAUUAUGCAGAAUUAGUUAUUUUGCAAAUCUAAUUCUCUUCCUCAAAGCCUACUACAACAUGGUUAGCCUAUAAGGCAGUGUUUGUCCCCUCCUAAUACCAGCCUCAUAAAGGGGUUCUGCUGUAUUACCUUAUUGAUGUUUUCCUGUGUGGAUAUAUAACCAAAUUAAGAUUGGAUGAUUUCUAUGGAGAUAAUAAUUAGACAAUACUGUGUAAUUAAUUUUACUUAAUAGAUUAUCAUCUGUGAGAAGAGAUGUUUAAACGUGGUUAAUGACUUCACUUCAUAUUAUAAAGCAGUUUUACAAUUAAUAUUCAUGUUAACAUUGGGUGCAAUAAUUUAGUAAUUUUAGCUUUAGUUAUAAAUAACUGGAUCUUUCUGCUGACAACUUAGGUUGUAUGAGUAAUGCUUAAAAGCUUUAAAUCUAAUGUUUCCUGUACCUGCCACACUAUGUUAGAAUGUGUCCUUCAAAUAUAUCCUCCUGCAACUUCUCAAACUGUACUAAAUUGAUAUUUCUUGAAGUCUAACUCUGUGCUAACAGAUCUUCAUUUUAAAUAGAAUAUGGUUUUAAUUUUUGAUAAGCUGCUGAAUUUUAAAGAGAGUUUUUUGGGGCCACCAAAUAUUUUGGAUCAUGCAGAGAAUAUAUAUUGUACUGUAGUAAUUUUGUAUUUACAUUUGUAUGAUGUGACAUAAUAGAUGUGAAUGUUAAUCACUGCUUGACUAUGUUAAUAAAGUUGUUUAACUAUA